AUGGCCUCCCAACUCACGAUUGGUCUUCCACAAAUCUAUGCCAGUCAAGGAAUCAAAUGCGUCCCACCAACCAAUGACUUUCUCGCUGGAACCUGGCAUGUAACACACUCCACUCUUCCAAUGUGGAAAGACAAACGCAACGUCAACAUCACCUACACUAUCCUGCCCGCCGAUUCAUCUGGAGUCAUCAAGAUUGAUGACUUGGUUAGUUAUCAAGGUGUGAGCUCGGAGAAGAUCAAGACUGUUCAAGGGAUAGAUACACCAUCUCCAGGAAAUCAAGGGGCGUGGGACUGGAGAGGAAAAGGCUGGUUGAUUAUUGCAAGCUCUCAUUGGGAGUGUCUUGGAUUCGGGCAUACAGAUGAUGGGAAUCAGUGGGUGGUCACAUAUUUCGCUAAAACACUCUUCACGCCGGCUGGAAUUGAUAUCUAUGCUCGGAAGAAGGAUGGUCUCUCCGAUACGAUGAUUGGAGAUAUCACUCAAGCUUUGAAAGCAUUCAAUGUUAAAGAGAUCACGGAUCUUGCAGAGGGAAUGUUUGAAGUACUACAGAAUUAA